UUUUUAACUGAAUACUUCCUUAUGCCUUUGUCCUAGAUGCAUUGAUGUGUUACGCUAUCAGCUUAUUUAUCUAAUCUUACAACUUCGUGAAACGAUUUUGGGAUUCUAAAAGUUGCAGGAAUUAUCAGUUGAAAUGGAAGAGUACAAAAGUCGAAAAAGAAUAUUUGUCCGCAUAUUUUCAAACCCCCAUCCAACAGAUGGAACAUCUGAAUAUUUUAAGUUGCCCGGUGAAGGUGAAGGUUUUGACAUAGAUGCUGAUCAAAUAAAGAAUCUGUUCAUGAAAAGGUAUACGUUGACCAAAAAAGAUGUCAAAAUACUCCUAAACUAUACACAAAAAGAGGUGCAGGAUACCUUGACGGAUUGGGGAAAACCUGGAGGUCCUGCAGAAUGGUACGAUUACUUCUUUUUCUUCUUUCUGGGAUAUGCGCAAGGCGGAGAAGACCCAAACAAUUUGCAGUUUUAUGAUGACUCUUUGUCACUGGAGAAAAUUCAUGACGCCAUUAAAACGCUAAAACCAUAUGCAGGAAAGCCAAAGAUAUUUAUCAUUCAAUCGGACAACUUGAAUCUUAUUCCGACAACAAAAGUGCUUAAAGGCCCAGAGGACAGGAAGGUUGAACCGAGAAAGAUUCCACAGGAUGCGGAUAGGUUGAUAAUACAUUCAGACAUUCCUCAGCUGUUUGCGAACACAUCACACGAGCAAUAUGUAAAGCAGAUUAAGAUACAAGGCGCAAAGGCCGGUGAGUCAACCAAAGUUCUUCCAAAAUGUUCUUUCUUGAUUCAAGCAUUUAUUUGCGUGAUGGAGAAUGAAAAAUACGCAGACGUAGAUCUCCUCACGCGCACCUGUCACAUAAACGCGCUCAUGGAUACCAUGGUUACGAACAUCUGCUUUCACUACGGGGAGGAUGAGAAAGUCAAGGAGAAGCUUACACUUCCAUUGACCACGACCACGCUGACCAGACAGGUCAAACUGAAGAAGAAUGAAUAAAAUGGCACCUUGUUGGCAACAUAUUUACUUCGUCGUCAACCACCGUGCAAUCAAGACUGUAAUUGACGAUACUCAGCGAGUUAAACACAUGUUAAUCCUUAGAACCAAAUUGAUAUUGUGAGCAAUGUCUAACUGGAUGACGUCAUCAGCAAUUACGCGAGUGUGUUCUUACGAAUGCAGUUUAGUGUCUUGCUGAUGGAUUACCACAUGGAAUUUUGUCAUUUUGAUGGGUGUGGAAAUAGAUAUAUUACCUCUGUAAAUUGGACCAUUGAAAAUAUUGUAAAAUUCACAAGAGACAGUGAGUGAGAUUUGAUGUGAAAUCAGUGACUGUGUGAACUGAGCAUUGCUGGCCAACUGCCUAGACUGAGCAUUGCUGGAGAACUGCAUAGACUGAGCACUUAGCCAGUACGAAGUAAAGAUUCACCGAAGUACAGGAUGUUGGACAUUUCAUUGUGUUAAUUGGGAGUAUUGUGGCUAUAAUUUUUAAACUAUUGCAAUGUUCAUGUGUACCGAUAUUUGCAUAAUUUAAUACAGAGAAACAUG